AUGAAUCAUCAAACGGAUAAUUUGGCCAUCAUGCUCGAUACAAAAAAUGUAAAUGAAGGACUAACAACUGCUUGUCUUGGUAUUCCACCAACGAUCAGUGAAGUGAUUGAUAUAAUAAAAAAUUCAGAUGAAGGGGAUGAAAUUGAAAGAACUUAUAUAACAACCGCUUGUUAUCGUUGUAAGAAACGUCAUAUAAGGUGCGAUGACCAAAGGCCUUCAUGUCAAAACUGUAAAGAAAAGGGUCGUGAGUGUAUUCACUGA